UUCAACCACCAGGGGGAGACAUCGUGCCGUGCGCUCUGUUGAUUCCCGGAAGUUGUGACAGUGUGCUCCCCAACACAACCACAACAAUGAAAGCUAUCAUUCAGAGAGUCACGAAGGCGAGUGUGACAGUGGGCGAGGAGCAGAUCAGCUCGAUCGGACAUGGACUGUGUGUGCUGCUGGGCAUAUCUGUGGAGGACACGCAGAGGGAUGCUGAGUACAUGGUGCGUAAGAUCCUGAACCUGAGGUUGUUCGAGGACGAGCACGGCCGAGCGUGGAGCAAAAGUGUCAUGGAGCGAGACUUUGAGGUUCUGUGUGUGAGCCAGUUCACCCUGCAGUGCAUCCUGAAGGGCAACAAGCCGGAUUUCCACUCGGCCAUGCCCGCAGAACUCGCUCAGCCUUUCUACGACAGCAUGCUGGAGAACAUGAGGAGCACUCACAAACCGGAGCUCAUUAAAGAUGGGAAGUUUGGGGCUCGCAUGCAGGUCCACAUUCAAAACGACGGACCGGUCACCAUCGAACUGACAUCACCGACUGGACCCACAGACCCCAAACAGCUAUCAAAGCAGGAAAAGCAGCAGCAGAGGAAAGAGAAGACGCGCUCCAAGGGUCCCUCAGAGUCCGGCAGGGAGAAGGGCGCCCAGCGUUCUCGACAGGACCCCAACGCCAGCAGUGGGGCAGAGGGGGACGUGUCUUCGGAGAGGGAGCCUUAGGUCAUCAAGAUGUCGUACUGGGGACAUGACGGUGAGCCCAGUUUCCUCAGGAAGGCCUUAAACCUCAGCGACUCUUUCACCUGAUCCUGGACUGUCCUUCCUGUUUGGAAAUCAGCAGGAUUCGUUCAGCCUGUUUCAGACAUCGUCCCCUUGGCCUCUCUCCUCCACACUCAGAUAGGACCAGCUACAUGUAGCAAAGAUGAUGUCUGGCCACAUGACACUGCACACUUUUCUUAGAUUUGCGAGGGGAGGGGAGGCGUGGGUGAUGGCAACAUCAUAAAACCGUGCAGCCCAGUAGCUUUAUGUGCUCGGCUUUCCUUUUCCCCUCGCUCCCUUUCUUUCCAUCGUUUCAUGUUUCUGCCGCCAUCUGUCUCUUUGUCUUUUGCUUUCUCUCUGUCUGUUCUGACUUAGUCUCUGUUUAGAGACAUGACUCUGACCCUGAAGCACAGCUCAGCUCCGAGUUUAUACUGCAGGAACAUCAUGGUAGUGAGAAUGUACCAAGCUUGUUAUAUUGUGACACUUGUCAAAUUUUUGAGGUCUAAGAGGUUAUUUUACCUUUUUGAGUAGCAGAUUUUGUUUAAGGUCAAACUGAAGUUGCUACCACCGUCUGCUCUGUAAAAGAAAUGGCCCUGUUGUUUGUAGCUGGACAAGUUUACGUUUCAUAUGCAAAGACUUGAGAUGAAACUUCUGUAAAGUCAGUCAUUGGUUAGUGAAGUCCUCAAGCUCAGUCUUUUUGGCCUUACCUUCUUAAUUUGAAACUAAAUGUGCACCUGGAUCCUGCUUUCUCCUAAUUCUGGCUGUAAAUUUGUAAAAUGAUCAUCAUGUUUUAGUAAAGAAGACCGAAAAAUAUCAGCGGAGCACAUAAACACAUCACCAGUAUUUACUUUUCCUUCUUCUUUUUUUUUUAAAUUUGAGAUCACUGAUGAAUUUUUCCCACACUGAUUUCUGUACAAACGGACUGCUUUUUUAGCAGCUAGUUGAGUCGCCCCUUGCUGGCCUUUUGCAUGGUCUUCACUUUCUGGAAUCAGAAGCUACGUCACUAAUAAGUAGACAGCAGUCUGCAGCAACACCCCACAAAAGCUUCAAAGAACAGCCUGCAUUAAAUCUCCAGCUACAUGUAAGCACGAUGCUGCACGCCGACUUGCUAAGUUAGCUAACAAACAUCCACUGGGUAAAAGCGCAUUGCUAACAACAUUAGUUUGGCUAACCAGCCGAGUCUUGGCUAACUACUGUCUGCUAGCAACUUAGUGACGUAGCAUAAAGAUGGCUGUGUAUCAUGUACUCAUUUAGCGGCGCACAUUUGUUAACAUUAUCUGCUUGCACUGACUCAGCUUUCACUGAAACAUGAAUGGUAACCAACUAACUCAGAGGCUGCCAGAGUGGUUUUGAUGCCCCAAAUCAUUAUUGUCUCUUCAUUAACAGAAAUAAGAAUAGCUUUACACUUUAAAAUCACUUUGACUAGACUACAGCAGACGGAGAUGUGAUUUCAGUUGGACUUUAAAUGCUAAAAUGUGACCUGUGUCUCAGUGUGUUCCUCAAUUUAUUGACCCACUCAGUGGGAAUGACUCUAGAAAGGGUGCUGCAGUCGAUUGUAAGACCAGGAUCGAGUUUCUGCGACUGCCCCAUUCACCUGUGCUUUACACCUGCGGAGAGGGGCCAGCUGCACCUCACUAUCAGUGUGACCAGACCAACUCUGACAUCAGCUAUUUAUUCAUGUUUCUCAUUGUGACGCUGUCCUGCUGUCACUCGACAGAUCUGAAUGUACGUUUUGUUGUCGUUUUUAUAAAGGUGUAAGAAAGAAGCGUCUCUCUGUUUGUGUGUUGCAUUCUGCUCAUUUUAAUGCAAACAGCAGGGAUGCUUGGCCUUAUUUCUACUUUCAGCAUCACCACCUGGCCUCUGUACUGUCCCAACUUUAGUUUUCUUCUUUUUUUGGUUGGCUAUUCCUGGCCAACCAUGCUAUACCCCUCUCAUCCCUUUCCUUCUGAUUUGAGAUUGCGGUGGAGAGGAAGAGGAGCUGCUGCAUCCUGGAUAUGGGAGCUAUCUGAGAGGGAAGACAUGACCCAGAUAUGUCUGCUAGCUAGCUACCUAGCCUUGGUGUUUCAAACUGCUAGAACUGCAGCUUUCCUCUGCAGUGGCUGCAUUGUGAUCCCAAUGCCAGAGGAAGGAGGAGGUAGGCUGUGUGGGUUAUUGACCAGGGGAGGGCUGGUGCAGGACAGAUGUCUCGCUGUGGGGAAUCACCUGUUUGCGUGUGUGGAUGUGGACGUCCUGAGCUGCUGGGCAGGGCAGUGGGUGCGGUGUGAGGCGGACAUGGGAAACUGGGUUAAAUUCCAGGCAUUCUCCUACAUCUGAAGCCGCACUGUUUCUGGUUUGUCUUUUCUACAACUUAUCUUACAUCUUGUGUGUGUGAGCGAGUCCUUUGCCAAGCCUACUGGCUAUGGAAAAACAAUUUAACUGGAUUUAAUUUGUUGCCCCCCUCCUCCUCCCCACCCACCCACUCCUCCUCCUUCCUCUUCCCUCCUUCCCCACAGUUAUUUCUUACGUCUGGGAGGUUGGGGGAAUUCAGCGUGUUUAGUAACUCCGUGCCGAGUCUGAUGUAGCUUUGGAGGUUAGACAGGCCCGGUUUCAUGGCAGCUUAAAGGCCUCGAAUCAUGUUGGCAUCAUCACGAGAGAGUAAACAAUUCCCAACUGAUUUAGAAGAACGUUUUCCAGGACACAUCAGAAACCGAUGUAGAAGUGUCACUCGUAUCCUGGUUGCCUUUAGAUCACUCUGGGCUCUUUGCUCUAAAGGGUUAAUAAGGCACAAUGAAACCAGUUGCCUAGAGCCCUGACCACUUUUUUCCAUUCUUGCUGGAAAG